AGAGAUUUGCAGCUCACGCUCGCAGCAUUGAAAAAGCUGGAAGCACCUCAUCUGCAAUCCCAGCUCAGCAAUUAUCAGCCUGAGGAACCAAACAUCAAUCUGAUGCUCGAAAGGCUGGUUGUAUUCGCCGAAAUAUGGUCUUCCGUGAGUCUGAUACCUGAAGUCAACGAUCAUGAGUUGGGUAGAACCACGUGCUUUAAAGGUUCGAAGCCAGGCCGUCCAGUUCCGUGAACAUCUCAAAGCUGGGUUGGAAGCAAGCACAAAUAUGAGGUUCAAAAACGAAGUUAAGGUUGCGAGGGCUGUAUGUAAACCUCUAAUGGAGGGUUUGGCAGAGUAUAAGGCCAAACUCGAGGGCUGGAUUUUCCAGUAGGCGGAAUAAUGAUGUUCCAUGACCUUCGUAGUUCCAGCGCAAUCUUCUUUGGCCAACCAAAUCCUUGAUACGAUAGUUGACAUCAAUAUAUAAGGUCUGCUCCAAAGU